UAGUGUAACUAUUAAAUGUUAACUACAAACGAAGAAAGUCCAGUAGAUUUAGUCACAAGUAAGGAUGAACUUGUUUCCCAGGCACCAACUCCUAUUGUAUUUCAGUGUAAAAAUUGCCGUGUAAUAAUUGGUGAUUCUUUUCAAUGGGUUUCUAAUAACGAGACACUAAAUUUAAUUACACUGCAGGCAUUAUCUCGGGUUGUAGAAGUUUCUAAUAUUAUGGAAACUUCUCGAGAUGGUGAGGAUAUUGGAAGUACUUUUUUCGUGCUAAACUGUGGAAAGUGUCGAUCGUUUUUAGGAAGAAAAUAUAUAACAUCGUCUCGAGAGUUAGAUUCUCUUCGUGAUUUGUAUAGUUUAGAUGUUUCUGCUAUUGACAGUUACCAGCUUGGGACAUUUCUAAUCGAAGAUGGGCAACAGACGAACUUUAAAGCUACGCCUUCUGUUUGUAGCCUCCACACGCAACAAUUGAAGAUGGAGCGAGUCCUUCUUACUUUAAACGAACGCAUAUCCAAUCUUAAAGAAAAACUAGAAAAACUGAAAUCAACGGUGGAAUUACGUCGAAGCAAAAGAAUUAGUUUAAAUUAAAAAUUAUGCGAAUG